GACCCUGAGGAACAUCUCACAGAAUCCUCCAGAAGUCUCCCGCAGGGCCGCGCGGCUAUAAAAGCCCUCAGACCCCCGACAGAGGCUUCACUCCAUCGGUCAAACUCCAACAGUAAACAAUGAACGACUCCAACAGUGUUUCAGGCAAUAAGGCCAACAAACCUGUAAGUUUCCACUCGACAAAGGGGAUGUUUGAGAAAAUGGAGGAAUCAUUUAAAAUAUGUGCGCAGUGUGAAAGACUCCCGUCACAAGUCAAAGGCUCGCUGAAGAGAUGCACACGCUGUCUGAAUGUGUAUUACUGCAGUAAAGAGUGUCAGAAGAAAAACUGGUCUCUGCAUAAACACUACUGCAAUAAACUGCGCAUGGCGGCGGUGGACAGAUGCGUCGAGUGGCUCAUUUAUAAAGGAGACCUUCCUUUCCCUACGGAGGCGUGGUCUCGUCCUGCAAACAAAGUGAGCAGUUGGAGUGAUUGGUUGUCGAUGCAGGGAGAUCUGACGGGCCGUCUGGAGCCCAUCCUAUCAGGGCAGAACAUGACAGACCUCUGGACCAAUGGCUGCAGGCCUCGGCCGGAGGAAGCGGAGCUUCGAGAUUCUGUGUGGAGAGUUUGCAGUGAAUUUCUUUCCAGGCCUCUUACUAUCGGAAUGGGGAUUCGGAUGUUUAAUUUGGACCCAUAUUCACGGCCUCUGACUGUUCAUGUGGUGGGAGCCGCUCAAAAUGAGACCCUUGGAGCCCGAACCACAGAUCUGGAUGAGCUCAGCCACAUGUUCCCAGGGCACCAGGGGCUGGAGGUGGUGAUGGUGGGGCCUGAGGUGGUCCAGGGGCCCAUCAUGAGGCCUCCGCUGAGGGCAUUUGGGCCCCGGGGACGAGUCUACAUCAGCGCCUAUAAGGGCCUCUACCAUGAGUUCUGGGAGGAGAAAGUGGAGAAAGGAGAAGCUGCUAAACCUGAUCUGGUUGUGGGAUUUCAUCCAGGGUUUGAUGGACAGGAAGUGAGUCAGGAUUGGUUGCCGACACUCCUUCUGCUACGAGAUUACAAUGUUCCGACUUUAUUCACCAUGAUCAGUGAAGCGGAGCGUCAGAAUACUCUUCAUAUGUUCAUGGAGCUGGAGAUGUAUGUGAAAGACACCGGCUCGAACCCCUUCAGCUCUCUGAAACCCGAACAAAUGCCAAAAAGCCCCAACAAAUCGCCCAUUUAUGCAAACGCUCACUACAUUUCUUUCCAAGGACUGCUGGAGAUUAAAGAGGAGGAAGAGCAACACUAAUACUGCAUAUUUUACAGUUUUUCUCAGUCUCUUGGCACAUUUCUUAGAUCAGAAAUUCUCAAAACUCCCUGUUCAAUCUACACAUCACUGUGUCACUUGAGCACAUCGAAAAAGCAGUUUCUCGUUGCUUUGAACAAGCGGCAAAUGCUUUGGUAUAUCCAGUUUAAGCAAAUGAUUAUGUAGAAUUCUCUGAUGUUUCCAUCAUUAUCAAUUGAUUAUGUCAUAUUGAUUAAAAUGUAUUAUAAUGGUUUCUGUCUAAAUAGUCUCACCCCCAACAACAUUUAGGCAUUAGUACAUGCAAAAUGGUUAAACAAGUUGUCAUAAUAUUAUGUCAUAAUGCAUUUUAAUACAUUUCAAUUAGACUUUUUUUUCUAAAUCUGUCCUGAAUUGGUAAAUUUCACGCAGGUAUAUCUUGACUUUUUUUCUAAUGAAGGUGCAUCUCAAAGGAGAUUGUCCUAUGUUCAUGUGUAUACACAUUUGUUUUCUUUGUGCUACGCAAUGCAGUGUUUUCCUGUCACUAAAAGCGUAAAUCCGAAAUCUCUUGCACUCAAUCUCCCACAUAAGAUCUAACCAACAAUUUACAAUUAAAACUGUAACAAAAAUCUAAAUUGUAAGCAAAGCUGUAGCCAAAGUUUACAUCAGAACACCUCUUCAGGGUACACUGUUAUAUUGACAACAUGACUAAACAAUUUGACUCUUAUCCACACACAAUUUUUAAUUUUAUAAAGGAUAUCGUCAUGAUCACCAGCGAUCUAGCCUAUGCAGAUUGCUGGAGAAUUACAAAUAUGCUACUUUAAUGAACUACAACUCCCAUCAUGUGCCUCAGACACACCAGUUCCUGAUUCCCCCUGAUUACACACAUACAGCUGGAAGCUCAUGAUGGACUAAUCAGAUGGACCAUAUAAACAGCACACACGCAGACUUUGCAUCUGUCUUUUUCGCCCCGUUUACACCUGAUUAACAUGGGGCUUCAGCGUCAACGCUUGACCGAGGGCGUGUCUGAAGUUGGGGCUGACGCGAUCGUCAUAGCAGCCAGUGAAAUUAGUCUGCAAUCGGCUACUGUCUGAGCUGGUGUAUUUGCAUACAGCGAUCUGAUUGACUGAUGCUUCCGUUGAUGCUUGAAAAAUUGACAAUAUCCCAACUUCUGAAGCGAGCAGCGCCACUGAAGCCGACGGACCCACAAUUCAGUUCGGCAACGACUGACAUCACCCAUUCAAAGGGAGUGGGAAGCAUUGAUGCACCGUGUGAAUGGGCCUUUACACUGCCAGUUAAAUGUGACCCUAUUCUGAUUUUUGCUCAUAUGUAACACAGAUGAGAUCCAUUCUAUGACCAUGUAAACACGAAAAAAAAUGCAUGCUUUUGGAUAUUCAGUGACCGAUUUCAGUCCUCCUUUAUAUGUGGAAAUAAAUCAGAAAAAAAUUGGAUAUGUGACAAUGUGAUUAUCAUUUAGACAGGCAGAUCGAAUUUAUUAAGGCAUUCCGUUUUGUACGUCAUUAAACUUGUGGUCCUCAGAUGGAGCGAUGAUCAGUAUGUGGCUCCCAUUGAUAGCCCCAGCGCACUGUGCCUGACGUCCAAACCCCAGCGGAUUUUGAAACCUCAUAUGACACACGACUUGACAGAACUCGCUCACUAUUAGACACACCGAUGUGCUGCUUAUGCCAAAAGUUCGAUAGCCCGCACCUGUUGCUUUCCACCAGAGCGCAACCCCGACGCACAUCUCCAAAGGCAUGGCCCGACCAAAUGAUGUGUCAUUGUAGGACAGGUAUGUAGACAAGCUUUGACACAGCAUAUCAAAUAUUGGUUUGCUCAUCCUAAAAUUUCGGACCCACUGCUCCUCAUUAAAGUCCGCCACGAUUUGCUCCCACCAGACCUGAGACUUCUCUCGUACCAACAAAUUGAACGGUGGACACCAUUUAUAAACCAUAGGCGCAAACUGCGAUGACGUCCCUCCUCCUCCGCCUCAAAAUCAUUUUAAGUUGGGCGAUCUUCGCAUAUUUCGCAGAGCUAAAAGCACGACAAUUUCUCCCAUCGUGGCUAGUGUGGCGCAGAUGCUAAAUUGUAUGGCAACUGUAAAUCGGAUAUGGGUCACAAUUAAAAGAAUGUGUAAAGGACAGGCAAAAAAAUCAGAUAUAGGCAACAAAUUGGAAUCAAACAAAGACCUGACAGUGUUAAUGUGACCUUUGAGUCUUGUUCCCCUGUUACAUUUCUAAGCGUUUUCCUUGCCUUGUCCUUAUGUAGUUUUUGAUCCUUGCUUUGCUCAUUGUCUUAUGUUGUCUUGCUGCCUGUCCCGACCAUUCACCUGGUUUGCUGACUACGCUUUUGGAUUACCCUCGUGUUACUCUUUGUUUCUGUUUCACCAUUUCCUUCCUGACUAUUCUCUUAAUAAAUCUGCAUGUGGAUCCUCAUCUCUGUUGUCUCAUACCCUUAAGCUACAGAUAUUUAGGAUUCAAGGAUAUUUAUUUUUUAUUUUUGAGAGAUCAACUAAAGGUUUUGAGCAAGAGACUGGAUAUUUUGUAUUUAAUCCAUGGUGGUUUACUAUUUGUUUGAGUUGUUUUAGAAAUGCUCCUACUGUUUUUCAAAUUUCGAGGAUGAUUCGAUAAAUUUGUCUAAGCGACUGAGAAAAACUAUAAUACCAGUUUCAUUUUUAAAGAUAA